AUGGAGAAGACAAUAAGGGGUAUGGAAAAAGACAAUGCUCUUAAAACUGUGAGAGAAAAGAGCAAAAGGACUAUAAAACCGGCACCGUCCAUAAGAACACCAUUUAAGANCACCAACCCAGCUAUAGUUGUCCCCAAAAAAGUUAACCAGCCCAUGGUGCUUGGUGGACAUGGAUAUGAUCCAUUCAAGCCAGGGAAUAUGCAGAAAGUUAAGGUUCUAGAUGAUUGGUUGCAAUUGGAUGAGGAAUAUCCAAUUGGCUACCAAAACAAUGCUGUUGAUUUCUUCAAAAUACUUCGAACACCUCAAGACUGGCUAAACGAAGAGCAUAUUAAUAGUGCUAUGAACUUGUUGCGUCUACGAUUUAUGAAGAGUGAAAAAGUGUUCAGAAGUGGGAGAAUUGCUUUCACCGAUGCUUAUUUCACCUNAAUUUGGGCCCGAAGUUAUGAGGACUUUCUGAAGGAAGAAAAGAUACNUAUUUUUCCUAAUGGAGCAUUUGAUUAUGCUAAUGGUAAGUUACCUGCUUUUGCAGAAACAGGAAAAAAAUGGAGGAUAGACGUGGAUGAUAUUUAUGGCAUUCACUACAUCAAAAAUAACCAUUGGGUUGCACUAUUUAUUUCUAUCCCCAAUACCACCAUUGAAGUCUUUGAUUGUGGGUUGAGCGGUAGUACAAANGAUGAGAUCACCAAAGCGGUAAGGCCAUUUGCUCAUAUGCUACCCCAUUUACUACGAGCAGCAGCACCACCGUCAGAAAGACCAAAAAUGAGCGUCGAGAAAUACAAAGUUCGUAGACCGCGAAGAGGGAUUCCCCAAAUGCUGAAACUUGGUGAUUGUGGUGUUUAUGCCAUAAAAUUUGUCGAAUGUCAUGCGUUAGAUGUUAAGUUUAACACGGCUUUGUCUGAUACAAGCAUCAAGAUGGUAAGAGAAAAGCUUGCUGCAGAGAUAUUUGAUGAGACAGAGCAACAUGGAAAAACAGUUUCUAACCCGUUCCCAUUUGGUGAAAAAGAUCGCGAGUUAUUACAUCCCUAUUAA